AUGCUCCGUUGGGUUUCUAUUAAAAGGUCCAGAAAAACACAAUCAUCAGGUACAUCUUCUGAUUACCAGAAUUCAUCAAAAAGUAAGAGAAAAAAUAAAACACCUAAAUUUGUUACUGAUAUGUCUCUAACUGUUGAUGGUUCUUGUAUUAAUAAUAGUGCUAGAAGUGAAGGUUACCAAUCACUUGAUGAAAAAUUAUCAAAUGAAGAUGGUUCAAUAAGGACAACAAAACAUGACACAACUUCAGUUUAUAGUACUAAUAAUAAUUCAUUAAAACCUCCACAAUCAUCAAUAACAGGUGGAUCUCGAAGGCAUUCUUUACUUUUACCUCGUGAACAAUGGAAUAAUAAAAUGGAAUUCCUUCUUGCUGUAAUAGGUUAUGCUGUUGAUUUAGGAAAUAUAUGGAGAUUUCCUUCUAUUUGUUACAAAUAUGGAGGUGGAGCUUUUUUAAUACCAUAUUUAAUAAUGCUCCUUGUUGGUGGUUUACCAAUGUUUUACUUAGAACUUCUUCUUGGUCAAUAUCAUCGUUCUGGAUGUAUAUCAAUUUGGAAAGGUUUAUGUCCACUUUUUAAAGGUAUUGGAUAUGGAAUAUGUAUAAUAUCAACAAUUAUGGCAUGUUUUUAUAAUGCUAUUAUAGCUCAAGCUGUAUAUUUUACUUUUGCUUCAAUUACAUCAUUAGAAGUUCCAUGGAAAAGAUGUGGUAAUUCAUGGAAUACACCAUUAUGUAGAGAUGAUACAAUGACAAUUGAUAGUAUUAAUAAAAAUAUAACAACUUUUCAUAGAACUGCAUCACAAGAAUAUUAUAUUUAUAAUGUUUUGGAAUCACAUAAAUCAUCAGGUUUUGAUGAUUUAAAUGGUAUUAAAAUUGAAUUAGCUGGAUGUUUAGCAGUUGUCUUUUUUACAGUUUAUUUUGCUUUAUGGAAAGGACCUAAAAGUAGUGGUAAAUUUGUUUGGAUAACAGCUACAGCUCCUUAUAUUGUUUUAUUUAUUCUUCUUAUUAGAGGUAUAACAUUACCUGGAGCAUCAAAAGGAAUAAAAUAUUACUUAACACCAAAUUUUACAACAUUACAAGAUCCUGAAGUUUGGACUGCUGCUGCUACACAAAUAUUUUUUUCACUUGGACCUGGUUUUGGUGUCUUAUUAGCAUUAUCAUCUUAUAAUGAUUUUCAUAAUAAUUGUUAUCGUGAUGCUAUUGUAACGUCUAUCAUUAAUUGUCUAACAUCAUUUUUUUCUGGUUUUGUUAUAUUUUCAACAUUAGGUUAUAUGAGUGAAAUAACAAAUACCCCAGUUUCAGAGGUUGUUGGUGCCGGAGAAUCAUCACUUAUCUUUAUUGUUUAUCCACAGGCACUUGCAACUAUGAGUUAUUCCAAUUUAUGGAGUUUUAUUUUUUUUGUAAUGCUUAUAACUCUUGGAAUUGAUUCUACAUUUGCUGGUAUUGAAGCAUUUAUAACAGGAUUUUGUGAUGAAUUUCCACAUUUUAUUGGUCGUAGAAGAGAACUAUUUGUGGGAGUAGUAAUAUUUUUAUUUUUUAUUGGUUCUCUGCCUACCGUAACUUAUGGUGGUAGUUUUGUUAUUCCAUUUCUGGAUGGUUAUGGUGUUUCACUGUCUGUUCUUUUUAUAGUAAUGAUGGAAAUGAUAGUCGUUUGUUGGUUUUAUGGAAUAAAUAAAUUUUCAGAAAAUGUCAGAGAAAUGUUAGGUUUUUAUCCAGGAAGAUAUUGGAGAACUUGUUGGAUUUGUUGUCCUGUCUUUAUUGGAAUUAUCUUUUCAUUGGCUGUCUAUAAUACUAAUUUUAAACCAAUGGUUGAUGGUGAUUAUACCUAUCCACAAUGGUCUGUCUAUCUUGGAUGGGGAAUUAGAAUGUUAUCAGUUUUAGCUAUUCCAGUUUAUGGUUUAAUUUUAAUUAUAAAAACACCAGGAGCAUUAUCUAAACGUUUACGUUUAGCAUUAACACCACAAAAAAGAAGAGAUUCAAGGAGGUUAUCAGUUUGUAAUUCUAAUGUUACUAGACAAAGUAUUAUUCAAUUAAAUGGAAAUACUGUUAUUACAACAGCACCAAAAACAUCAAUUGAUAAUGAGAAAUUUAAUAAAAUUUUCCUUUAA